AUUGACUAAUUAUACUAAGUUGCAUUUUUUUUUAUCAAUUACUUCUUUCAGUUUUUUUUUUAUUUUCUUAUUUGAUAUAAUUGAUUUAAAAUAUGAAAUUGACAAACCCAAUUUUGUUUUUAAUAAUCAGAGAAGGGAAGCGUUUGUUAGAGGAUUUGAACUCACAAUCUAUCAGUUUUCUGCUCAAGACAUAUAUUUUUUUGAGUUAUAACUCAUUAGUUACAAACCCAACUAUUAUUAAGAUAUAUUUAACAAUUUGAUUAUUGUAAUGAAUGUAAGAAAUCAUUUUGCCUAAUUUUUUUUCUAUGAUUGAACUCAAAUGAUUAUAAUCUUGUUUUGUUACUUGAUUGAAUAUUAACCUCCAAAUAAGUGAACCUAUAGCAUAAUUUAUCAGCAAUCAAGCCCAACACAAAUAAAUUUUAUCUCUCUAUAUUUCCUACAAAAAAUCAUUUAACUUCACAUAAUCCAAAUAACAUUCACAUGUUUUUGUACAUUUUGUAAAAGAUAAAUAAAUGAACACUUCUUCUUCAGCCUUGGCUCACACUUGGAUCUCCACCAACUCUCAUCUCAUGCAGCUUAUCCACAAAAAUAGUAAUUUCAUUCACUAAAAUCCAACUCUCUUCAUACAAACCACAUAAAUUACUCAAACUUUAUUUUUCUUCUAAAAAAAUUAAACUUUGCUGAAAUGAAUCUGUUUUAUCUCUUCAUUCUCUCAACUUUGAUUUUGAAAUCAUUAUGUUUAAAAGUUGAGGCAGCAAAAAGUAAUAAUGCUCAUAUUACUGUGAUGGGUUUUGUGUACUGUGAUAUCUGCUCCAACAACACCUUCACCAGGCACAGCUACUUCUUACCAGGUGCCGGAGUUAAAAUAGAUUGCAAAUUCAAAGCAAGCUCAGCAAAAGUGAAAGAACAAGUUUCAUUCUCCGUAAACAGAACAACAAAUCGGAACGGAGUUUACAAAUUAGAAAUACCUUCCGUUGACGGAAUUUCAUGUGCAGAAGCGGCCAUUGAAUCAUCAUGUCAAGCUUCUUUAAUUCACAGUUCAUCUACAUCAUGCAAUGUUCCUGGUUUCAAAUCUACUUCUGAUCAAAUCUCUAUCAAAGCUAAACACCCUAAUCUCUGCAUUUAUAGCCUUUAUGCCAUGAAUUUUAGACCAUCAAAAACUGAUCUUACGUUAUGUGGAAACUGAGAAGGACCUAUUUGUUCAUUAUUUAUACAUAAAUGUGGAUUUGUUUAAUUAUGUAUAAAUCUUGGGGCUAAAUGUUAAUUUCCUUUUCUUUAUUA